AUGAAAACAUUACGGAAUGAACACGGAAACAGAAAUUUGAUGACGACGAUGAUUGUACAAUCUCUCUGGAAAAUGGGCGUAACUUUUCUUCGUUCUUUCUUUUCCUUUGUACCCCCCCCCCGCGCUGUAAUGACUGCACUGAACCUUCUUCUUUCUAAACAAAAGAAACGUCUUUCUGUCUUUGGCUUCUCCUAUUUCUUCAUUUUUUUCUCCCAUUUUGCGGUACGAAAAAAAAUCAUAUUUCUUUACGUUAGUUUUUCUCUUCUUAUAUUUUUGAUUGCUCGCUUCUUCCCCGACAUAUUUUUCUUUUUUCUCACCUUACUUUUUAUUUUAUUUUUUACUCUCUUCAAAAGAAGCGUUCUUCUUCUUCUUCUUCUUCUUCUUCUUCUUCUUCUUCUUCUUCUUCUUCUUCUUCUUUUAUCUUCAUUUUCAUUUUCUUCUUCUUCAUCAUCUCAUUUUAUCAGGCAUCUUCUUUUUCCUUUACGUCUUCACCUACCUCUUCUUCUUCUUCUUCUUCUUCUUCUUCUUCUUCUUCUUCUUCUUCAUUUUGCCAGUUAUCUUCUUUUUCAUUUUCAAGGCGGCACAACAGUUCCUCAUCUCAGUCAGUUCAUUAUCUAUCUAUCUAUCUAUCUAUCUAAGUCGACAUAUACACGAGUAUCCACUUCUUUUAUUUCAAUUUCUAGUAGCAAAUAUAAUGGAGAACAUCUAUCUAUCUAUCUAUCUAUCUAUCUAUCUAUCUAUCUAUCUAUCUAUCUAUCUCCGUGUUUUCGUUUUCUAUCUACCUAUAUAUCUAUCUAUCCCAGUCUCUUCAUUAUCUAUUUAACCUUUCCUAGAUUAGAACAUCUAUCUAUCUAUCUAUCUAUCUAUCAUUUCUAUCUAUCAUCUAUCUAUCUAUCUCCGUGUUUUCGUUUUCCUAAAUCUAUCUAUCCCAUCUCUUCAUUAUCUAUUGUUUUAUACCUUACCUAUGAACACUAA